GACAACACUUCGAAAAUUUAAUAUGGCAAAUAAUUAAACACAAACAAGAUCAACAUUCCUAAGUAUCCGUAGUUAAUAAGAGUAACUGGAUAAUUUGAAAUAUUCCUUGUAGUAUUUACGAACUGUGGUAAAAUGGGUGACCAACAAUUUUUCUUAAAAUGGAAUGAUUUCCAAACUAAUAUGGUGACAUCGUUUAGGCAUUUACGCGAUGAAAAAAGCUUUACUGAUGUUACUCUUGCUUGUGAAGGACAAACCUGCAAGGCUCACAAAAUGGUACUUUCUGCAUGUAGCCCUUAUUUCAAAAGUUUAUUGGAGGAAAACCCUAGCAAACAUCCAAUAAUAAUAUUAAAAGAUGUAUCAUAUUCUCAUCUGCAAGCGAUCCUUGAAUUCAUGUAUGCAGGUGAAGUGAAUGUAUCUCAAGAACAAUUGCCUGCAUUUCUGAAAACAGCUGAUCGCUUAAAAGUAAAAGGCCUGGCUGAGGCCCCACCAUCAAUCAAGAGGGAGUAACAAAAAUACUCAUUAUGGAAUGUAUUUAAGAUCAAACACAUUCCAAUUGGAAAAGUGUGUGUGUCGCAUAUUAUUUACUGUUAAACAUAAGCCAGCCCCCUUGACAGUAUAGGUCCUGAUACUUUUGUAUGAGAACUUAGUUACUCAACAUUCUUUAUAGGUCCCUAAAAUUAUCUAAGUUGUUAGCGGUUUGCAUGAGCCAACAAAUAACAUUUUCAAUAUGAUAGUGCUACAUAUAUUUUUAAACCCAUGCCAUUUUUAGACAAUUAAGUAUAUCUAUCAUAUCAUAUUGAAAAUGCUUUGUGAUAGUUUUUCCUUGAGUGCUACUAGCAUCACAUUUUUUGACAAUGAUUUAUGACAUAAUUUUGAAUA